CCUUAUCCCUCCACCAAUCCGUUCUCAUCCUCUCUCCCUUACAUCUUCACGUUUUAUUUCUUUCCUCUGCAGAACACAUUUUCUUCAUCUUUUCUCUUCUUAUUCAUCUCCUUAUUUCUCCUUGCCGCAACCUCCUACUUCACUUGCGUUUCUUCUUUUCUCCUGCUCACACCCACAUCAUUUUGUUCUUCACCAAAAUCACCAGGCCAUAUAUCAUUUUCACCUUCAACCAAGCAGCACCAUACUCCCUGUUUCCUCUUCACGAUUCAGCAUCCAUUUCCCUUCAUCAUCAUCCCAUAACAAGCACUCAUUCUUUCACCUCAUACACCAUCACCAUUUUCCUCUCCUUUGCUGUCCACGUACACCAUGUUUCUUCUUCCUCAUCACCGUGCUUUCUUUUCCUCACAUGGCAGCAACCAAGAACUCACACCACCAUGGAUCAUUGUCUCCACCAAAACAGAGCAGCAGUCAUCAUCACAAGCUUCCUUUUUCAUGGCCACCACGAGAUCUACCCACGUGAACCACCACCAAGACCAGCAACUGCCGCUCCUCUUUUUCCUUGGCCGCGAGCAAGCCACCACCGUGGGUACUCCUUCGUCCUCCGUUUCCGGCGAGGAAAAGCCACCAAUCAAUGAGCUCAAAGUCACCACACCACCACCGCAUCACAGCUUGGAGCUGCCACAGCCACCGCGAACAAAACAGAGCAAGAAAAACGUGAAGACAGAGGAGUACGACGCCGCCGACGUCGUCAACUUUGACCUUCGAUUUCAGUGUCCUCGGGCCUCCGAUCACAGCGAGGUUAGUACUGUUGGAACCUUUGCGAUGUCCACAACGAAACCCAUGUUCCGGAUCGUCGUUUCGUCGCCGUCGACCGCCGCCGCUGCCGCUUUCGGGAGCUUUUUCCGGUCAACUCCGGUGACCAAUGGAAAAACGGAGUGUACUGCGACCAUCCUUGCCGCGAGGAGAGUAAAUCCCUAAUUUCAAUUUCAUAUUUGGGUCAUUUUAUUCGACGACCCCGACGACCACCGUCGACCUUCGGCUUAAUUUUCUGGGCAAAUCGUCGACUCUUUUGGGAAACGGACAGCGCCGUUGAGUUCCUGGCUUUGAAAGGAUGAAGAAACACUAUCCCUUUGGUGUCUCUAGCGAAAGUUCCUCUGUCAACCACGCGAACCACAACUUUCUUCGGCGACUCUUCGAACUUGGAUUUUGGUACGAAUAACGGGAGCGUUUGGCGACAAAGCCAAAGGACAAAAGGAAGCAAGCUUACACAGGAAAACAAAGAUGUGCUCGGAUCGGAGUUGCACCUCAGUAUGGAAAUUGGCUAAGGUUAGGGCAACUUACUUACUAGCUAUUUGUAUUGUAGGCGUCGAUAACUUCGACUUGAAUACUGCUUGAUAUUGAAGAUUGCAUUGAAUGUUGUUUAUCGCUUUGAACUAGAAAAUGUUUUCUGGGGGCUUCGGCCGAGUGAACUUAUAUGAGACGUGUGUCUCCGUUUUCUGAGAGGCUUCGGUCGUUUACUGGCUUCCUUUUGAACUGAGUUAUAUGCUAUUAUUUCUGCUGAGUUUAUGUUGUUUUGCAUAUGCUCUAUUGAAUUGUACUGAUUUGAGAUAGUA